AACAAAACAUCUAAGUACACAUAACGUAUAAGAAUUUUUUUAGAAUAUCUAGCAAACCCACUGACCUUGGCUCACUCGAUAUUCGCAUUCAGAUAACCUGAGUAAAUAUUUUCCUAGUUGGUUUAAUUCAGAAUUCUGGGGCAGGGAAUUCUGUUCAUUUUGUGUUGUGGCCGAAUUCAAGCUAAUAGGUUAAACAAUUUGCAACAAGGCCUUUGCCAAAAAAUUUCGUAUAAAAGCUGGUGGUGAAAGUUCACUCAGCAUCGAAAGCAUCUCAAGCAUCAUUCAAUCACUAAAUAUGCAGUCCAACAAAGUUUUCUUCCUGGUAUUCGGUAUCCUGGCUGUGGUGUUCGUGGCCAACGUGUCUUCCGCUGCCAUUGAUGACGAGGAUGUGAUUAGUGAUCGUCGCUACCGCUGGGAUUCGUCGGAGCAGGAAUCUGAUGAGAAACCCAAGUACUUGGAGCAGGCUGAUGACGUAGAAGAUGAUGACGAUCAGGAUAGCGAAUCUGCACAGGAUGAUGACGACAGCGAAGGAUCCGAUGAGGAUGGCAGCGUCUAUGUGGUCUCCGAGUGGUACGAACCCCUUGACGGAAAAUCCUGGGAAGAGUUGGAAAACGACUCCGAUGAAAGCGACUCCGAUGAAUCUUAAAUAUUCUGAUUUUCAACCUUCAUUAAUUGUUUUUAUAAUCAUUAAUUAUAUUCUGUUGAA